AUGACCAUCAACAAGUCAUCACUCUGUCGUUUCCUGGGGUACACCGAACACCAGGAGUCAUUUCUAUUUGAGGAAGUAUCAACAGGAGCGAUCAAGAUGAGUCGCGAUGCCACGUUCAUGGAAGACAAGUUUAAUGAAGGUCCGCGCAACUACAACGAUGAGUCAAGUACCGUUGAGGUUGACGAUCAAGACAAGAGCGAAGAAAAAGAAGAAGGUAAAACUGACGUCGACAUGUACUCGAGCGACGGUGACGACGAAGACACCAGGUCUUCGAAGAGCAACAUCAAGAGACACACGCGCACUCAAUUACUUGAAAAAGCUACCGUCAUUCCAAGUCCCAAGCGAAGAACGUACAGAGGUCCGUCGCUAGAGCAUGUGUCAGCAGCUGCGAUGGAUUUUGAAGCAGCCUACAUCGUUGAUUCAGUGGGGGAAACGCCGACUACAUUCAAGUCGGCGAUGAAAUCAAGCGACUCCGGCAAGUGGAAAGAAGCGUGUGACUCGGAGUUCGAAUCUUCAGAGAAACAACACGUGGGAAACUCCCGAAAGGUCGCAAAGCCAUCGGGUGCCGAUGGGUGUUUUGUGUGA